GAUGUGAUGGUGGAGCAGCAGCUCGUCCUCAUACUAACAGCAGCCUGAAACUCCGCGUAGUUCUUUGGCUACCGUACAACAACAGGGUUCCUCGGGACUUCGCUAAAGAAAGACAACGACCUGUUCACAGACAUGGUGGAAAGUUAACUUUAAGCCGGAGGACUACGUGUGUUGUUCCGUUGCUACAACUUUGCUCAGUCCAGCAGCCGUUCAGCCGCGACCACACCCUCCCUGCUUCCUCAUAGUACUGCAGCGGGAACGCGCAGCACGACUUUGAAUCUCUGGGAAUAACGGCCAGCUCUUGUUUACGGUUUCCUGGUCGUGGAAUCUGCCAAAAACAAUUGAGCUGUAUGUUCCGAGACCGGCGGCUGGCAUGGAAGUGAGGAACGAGUCCUCACAGAGGACAUGCGGGGCUACGCACUGUCGGGUCCCGAGUUAAGACGCGGGGGAAGAGGUGGAGGGCGGACUGACGGACGAUGCAUAUGGAGUCGAAGCGACCAGAGCAACUGCUAGCUUCUAACCCAGGGCUGUGUUUGAAGAAGAAGAGAUUGAAAGUGGACUGAGGGGUUUGUGUUGGUGGACAGUCACCUUUUCGGUGGAUUUUACUUGGGAGGACUCAUGAAAUGAUGGUGCUGGAGGGAAACACAAGUCUUCCCGCUGUCCAGAAGAGCUGCCCGGGAGCUGCCCCGUCUCUAACCAGUAUGAGUAUGCCAGGCAGGUCAGACUCAUUGGGUCAAAGCCGGACAAGAUCUCGGUGCUGUUACAGGGUACUGGCUCUGACGCGAGUGGACACAAAAUGAUAUCCUGUUGAAUAUGGUCACAAGAGACUUAAAACAACAUCCACUUAUUGUUGAGGUGAUGUUUUUUUGGCGAAAGUCAUAAAAAAAAGACCCAAAGUAAAGACAUCUAAAGUUUUUAAAGUAGAACAGAGGCUGUUGAGCAGAGGGAAUUCCAAUUGGGAAUAUGUUGUGACAUUAUUUUUAUAAUUCUCAAUCUGCACUUUGCCCUUUUGAAGGCACCUUGGUGGCACUGCAGUUUGUGUGUGAGUUCGUUUUAAAUUCAGCAACCUGUGAAUUCUUCUGUUCCACGGAAACCUGGGACUACAGUUAGCAUAUUGACCUGUUGUUUAUGUUGUUCAGGGCAUUUAAAUUAAUCUUCAUAAGAGCAUAUAGCUUAUUACACUGAUUACUAAGAAGUAAUGAUAUGUGUAACAUUGUAAAAUUACUAACAACCAAGGCCGAUAACUCUGGGAAUAUGCCAGGUCACAGUCUAGACUUUUAAUAUAAUAUUCUUUAGGGACACAUUAAUUAACAAUGGGGGUGUUGUAAGUAAAUGCAGUAACUGAGCUUUGCUCUAUCCACAUGUUUACAUUGAGAAUGCAUGUCCUGUGUGUUAACAUGUGAUGCACAGUUGAUUACCUAUACUCUGAAGGAAUUUAAGGAAGACUGUUUGGCCAGUUGUUAUUUAAUAUAGUUUGUAGAGAGCAGUGAGUUGAGGCUUGUUGUGGAAAUGUCUCAAACAAUGCAGUGUGCAACAGCAGAAAACUAUAAAUAACUGAACCCCUCCAGAAGAACAGUUUGACCCUCUCCCCCUGACUCCCCUCAUUAUUAUGGCUAGUGGUGGCUCUGGCAAAUCAGCUAGUGAGGGAUCAACCAGCAUACCCAGCGGCAGUUUGCAGCAGAGGAAGCGGCUCUCCUCCGUCUGUGACACAUGUAAGGGCAAAAUGCAGCUGGUGGCUGACCUCCUGCUGCUUUCCAGUGAGACCAGGCCAGUCAUGACAUCUGAAGGCGUGGCGGUGGCCGACACCUUUGACCAGUGCCGCGACACAGUCAUCGCCAGGACUAAAGAGCUCUCCAUUCUCACACAUGACAUCCAGAGCCAGCUCAACAUGGGACGCUUCACAGAGGUGGGGGACCGCCUCCUGGAGAUGGCCGACCUGGUGGUGUCUUUGACUGAGUGCUCGGCUCAUGCUGCUUACCUGGCAGCCGUGGAGACCCCCGGCUCUCAGGCCUGUCUGUCUGGUCUUGUGGACCGCUACAAGGUGACCCGCUGCCGACACGAAGUGGAGCAGAGCUGCAGCAUCCUCCGAGUCACACCCCUGCCAGAUCUCACCCCCCAGCUCCUUCUUGAGCUCUCUCAGAACAUCUCCACCAACCUCAAGACUCUGACGGACAUCUCGUCGCUGGCCAGCGAGAGGUCCAGGGACCGUUUUGCAAAAGAGCAGUUCAAAUUGAGUGUCAAGAGCAUGAGCACCAGUGGCACAGCCUUCCUGGCGUGUGUCAAAGAGGUGAAAACCCAGCCUAGUGAACUGACCAGAAACCGAUGUGUUCUCUUUAGUGCCGCUCUGGUCCAGGCUGUCAGUGCCCUGGUCGGCUUUGCUACAGAGCCACAGUUCCUGGGAAGAGCUGCGAGUAUCUCAGCUGAAGGGAAGGGGGUACAGACUGCAGUGUUAGGAGGAGCCAUGAGUGUGGUUUCUGCCUGUGUCCUACUCACUCAGGGCCUCAGGGAUGUUGCCCAGCAUCCUGAGAGCAGCUCCAAAAUGGCAGACUACCGGGAGCGUCUACGUAACUCAGCAUGUGCUGUGUCGGAUGGCUGCACUCUGCUCACUCAGGCACUCAGAGAACGCUCCUCUCCGAGGACUCUGCCGCCAGUCAACUCACAUUCUGUGAAUUAGUUUAGGAAGAGGCAACAUGGUCUCCAGUCCCCUUUGCGUUUUGUGAUGUACCAAAGAGACUCACUUGGGUUAUCCCUGUUCAUCAGGUAUAAGCUUGAUUUAUACUUCUGUGUAGAAUCUACUCAGAGCCUGUGGAAGUGGCCUCUGCUGCUGUGGGCAUUUAUACUUGUGCGCUGGUGUAUCUGCAUCACGAUGCAGUUACACCAUGAAAAUGCUAGUUAGCAGUGGGAUGUCUGUGUCACUGUGUUGAGUUUCUUUUCUUCAAACUUAGCGGAUCAUGUUGAAGUUGGAGUCAGUAAACAUUGAACAACAUUUUUUUUUUACUGAAGUUAUUGCACAUAUAAAAGAGAGUUGAUGGUGUAAGCGAAAGAGUCUGUACAUGGUUUAGUUGAACCAUGGAAACUAGAAAACAGCAUAUGGCCACAUUGGCAUAAUAAUGGCUAUGGCAUUUGUACUUUGAGUGAGCCAGAUACUAUUACACCCUAUAACACAUUACAUUUUGUUUCACGGAAACAUCUUGCAAUUAAUACGCGAUGUAAACACAAUAUGUUUCUUCUGAACGGGCCAAUCACUGUUGUUACAUUUCUGGGGUAGUGCAUGUCAGGCUAUGGUGUAGGCGCAGGCGAAGCAGCUACACCCUACCUGUGGUCUACCUGCUGUGUAUGUUCAAUGCAGAAGUAUAAAUCAAGCUUUAUAGUCAGAGUAACACCAGAAAAUGGCUGUGAGUGGGUCUGUUCUCGUGGUUGAAGUGUAUUUGAAUGCAGAGGAGCGUAAAACAACCACUGCAGGGUUUUGUGUUGCGCUGGAUGUGACUCGACCCUUGUGAGAAAUGGACCACUUGACCACUCUGAGCCUGAUCUGAGCUCAGCUGACAGCCCACUCUCACCACCAGACAGCAGCCUUCAAACCUGAAAAGUUUACCUCAGUUUUUAGCUCCGGUGAAAACACCAGCCUUGAUGAUGGAUGUAGCCUUGCUGUGUGAACCUAUGGUUGGCUGACCUGCUCGAUUAGAUGUGCUUUGUUAGAUUGGAAAGAGUUAUCAGAGUGUCUCAGUGCUUGUAUUUUUUCAGCAUGUGUGAAUUCUUAAUUCGUAAAAAGCUGCUGUGAGUGUGUGCCAUAGGUUUUACACUAUUUACCAGACUUUCCAUAGUAUUUUCAAGUGUUUUGACCAUGCAUGUAAUGGAGUAUUUAUUUCAACUAUUAAAAACGUUGUUUCUGA